AUGGGCAUGCAGGAGAGACAAGGGGGCGGUGCUGCUGUUGAGCGGAUGCACUUGACGGAGAUGAGAGAAGUUCUCCCGAUUGGCACCCGUUCCGACCUGAGCACCGGGGCCGCCCGGCGGCACCCGCACGAGCCCACCGUGGAGCCAGCCUGCCGCACGGGCGCAUUCAAGUCUACAGCUGAUACACCCAGCUUUCUUUCACACUUCUCCGACUUUCCACCACCUCGUCGGCCGCAAUUCUGCCGCCGGUGGCACCGCAGGAUGCUCAAGACUUCGCUCGGUCGUUUCCGAAGCAAGCCGCGAAUGGCCCGUCCUCGAGUCCAACCCCUCUCCUUGAGUCCGACGGGUUCGUGUAGACGGGCGGCGCUGGGCUCGGAACGCCGGCCCGUCGGCAGUCACGGUCGCGCGAUGGCGUCGACAUCCAGUGCUGCGAUUCGGCUGGGCGCCCAGCUGGCUCGCCCCGCCGCGAACCCUUCACCUGCCAUCGGUCUCGAACUGCAUGUCCAACUAGCGAGCGACUCCAAGCUGUUUUCUUCAGCCAAUCCGCCUUCCCCAGACCAGGACAGCAAUACCAAUGUUGCCUUGUUCGAUGCGGCGACUCCCGGCACACAACCUGUUUUGUCUUCAGACUGUCUCAGACUGGCCUUGGUUGCUUCCUUAGCACUUGAAUGCAAAAUCAAUCCGAAGACCAGCUUUGACCGAAAACACUAUUUCUACCCAGACCUUCCGGCUGGCUAUCAGAUCACACAACAUUACUCUCCAAUUGCGUCAGGGGGGAAAGUUCUCAUCACUCCUGAUGAUGGGGCUGAUCGAUCUUUCCAAGUAGGAAUCACCCAGCUUCAAUUAGAACAGGACACGGGAAAGUCAUCCACCGAUCCGCUAUCCCCUGACCAAACGUUGAUCGAUUUGAAUCGAAGCGGGGCGGCCUUGAUUGAAAUCGUUACAGGCCCAGAUCUCCGAUUUGCUGGAGUAACCAAAGGGAAUAUGGAGCAGGGAUCAUUGCGGUGCGACCUGAACGUGUCGGUCAGUUUGCCGGAGAGCUCGAUCCAAGGGUCUCGAUGUGAAGUAAAAAAUGUGAAUGGAUUUGGGCACAUUGAGCACGCAAUUGAUUAUGAGAUCUCGAGGCAGGUGGGCCUGUUGGCCAAAGGGGAGAGGAUCGAAAUGGAAACCCGAGGGUUUGAUGUCGCUCAACGGCGAACCUUCAGGUUGCGAGAUAAAGAGACUCAGACCGAUUACAGAUAUCUUCCGGACCCUGAUAUACCUCCGAUCAUUUUCCCGUCGACAAUUUUAGAUCGUCUGCAACGCUUGGUACCCGAGCUUCCCCAUGCCAUGAUACAUCGGCUUCAAGAAUCUUAUGGGCUCAGUAAAACCACAGCCGACAUUUUGAUGGCGAUAGGUUCCGAAAGGAUUGACCAUCUGGCCGACGUAGGCUGUGGCGUGCGAUACUUUGAAGCUGCAAUGGACGCGAGCGCCUCAAAAGUUGAGGGGAAAACCAUGGCCAACUGGAUCGUCCACGAGUUGUUGGGACUGCUGGCUCAAGCUGGAUUAAGGUUUGUCGACUGUCCAAUAUGCCCAGCAGAGUUCGGCAAGCUCGUCGGAAGCGUAUCAAAGGGCACACUACUCAGACCGAUGGCACGUGAGAUCUUAUGUGAAGCGGUCAAAACUCCGGCAGUCUCACUUGGUGACCACCUCAAAAAACGAUCGACCCCAAAAAUCCAACCGGAUGAUGAAUCGACCGCCCAGAUAUUAGCCCAACAAAUCACCUCGGAGAUGCUGAAAGAGGUCCAGUUGAUUAAGAAUGGGCAUCCGCAGAUCAUCGCCAAGUUGGUCGGAGAAGGCAUGCGGAGGAGCCGGAAAACCGUCGAUCCUUGUCUGCUUCGAAAAGCUUUGGAAGAGUUAUUGCUUGGACCUGUCUCUAUCAAUCCUGGCAAGAAGUAA